GGCGCGCGUCUCCCUCGUGCUGCACGUCGCGUCGGCGGUAACCCGGCAGCGUGAGCCGCGCGACCGCAGCCCGCUCGCUCGCAGCCCCAAGCCCGGCCGAAGCGCACAUCCAUGAGGAAUGCGGGAGCGCGCUGCGGUGCUGCUGUCCACCCGGAGUUGAUGCGGCGCGCGGCGGGAGCAUGCGUCCCCUCGGCGGCCCCCGCGCGCGGCGGUCCCGGCGCCGGCUCCUCUUCUUCGUGCUGCUGCUCGCGCUGAUGGACGUGGCGCCGUCGCCGGCUCUGAGCGCGCCGGGCUGCCCGGAGCGCUGCGUGUGCGACGACCAGCUCGUGGUCCAGUGCGCCGGGCAGCACCUGACCGCGUUCCCCGCCGAGCUGCCGCUGGCCACCCGGCAGCUCAUCAUCUCCGACAACCGCAUCGCGGAGCUGCCGGCGCUGCAGCUCAACUACCUGUCGGACCUGGUGUACCUGGACUGCAGCAACAACUCGCUGACGGAGAUCAGCGAGUCCACGUUCGGCAACCUGCGCCGGCUCGCCUACCUGGACCUCUCCUUCAACACGCUGGCGCACAUCGAGGACCGCACUUUCGGGCCCCUGGCGAGCCUGGUGAUGCUGCGCAUGACGGACAACCCGGGGCUGUCGGAGAUCCACCCGGACGCCUUCGCGGAGAACGCGGCGCUGCAGGUGCUCGACGUGAGCAGGAACAACCUGACGCGGCUCAACAUGAGCUCGCUGAUCGGGCUGCCGGCGCUGCGCUCGCUCGGCCUCAGCGGGAACCCGUGGAGCUGCGACUGCGACAACGAGGACCUCUGCCUGUGGGUGCACAUCGAGGCUUCCAAGUUCCAAGAUGAGGGACAGACCGUGUGCCGGAGCCCCCCGGACAUGGAGGGCCUGCGGCUGGCGGAGGUGGGCCUACGGCUACGGGCGGACUGCCACCAGGGCCUGGGCUACUGGGACUACCUCUUCUUCGUCGCCAUUGGUUUUGUCAUCUUCUCCGCGGGCACAGUGUCCGCUUGGGUCAUGGGUGUGUUGAUGGUGCUGUACGAGCGCUACAGCAAGAAGAAGAGCGAGGAGCAGGAUGACGAAGAGGAAGAUGAAGGAGGCGGGGCAGGGCCAGGGGCCGGCCACGGCAACGGGGACCUCAUCAAGCCUGGUGCGCACGUGUGACAUCUGCACAGCUGCACUUUCCACCUGGACAAGACAUGAAGAACUCCAGGAGUGAGUGACAGCAUCAGGCAUGUUUAAAGUACGCAGCUCUCAAAGUGUGCCUCACUGAUGUGGAGACAAAGAGGGAUUUGUGCCUCUGCUUUGUCAAGAGGGCUCAAUGUCUCCACUAAAUGAACGGGGUACUAGUUUUUCCCCACUUGGCUGUAAGGUAGGGCCUUAUGAACAAUCGCAGUGCAAGCGAAAAGGUAGAGCGGUGCAUGAAGGUUUGCUUGGUCUCUCGAUGGCUUCAGAUGAAUCCAAGACCCAAGCCCUUAUGACGGUCUUCGUUCUGGCCUUUGAGGAAAAUGUUUUUCGAGUCCUUUCCCAAUGAGUUGAGGCAAAUACCUAUAGAACGUUCUAGGUGGGAGAAUGACCAGAAAAAAAUGGGCUUGGAGAUCCACAGAGUUUACUAAGGCUUCCAGAGAGUAAAGAAAGCUUCAUUAUGAAUCAAAUGCGCUUUGCAGCAAUAACUAAUUGCAAACGGUCCAAAUUCAAAACUCAGCCCGCCAUGCACAGGUUUGUGGGUGAGGCUGGGUUAACUCCCUACUGAGCUGUAAUUGGUAGGGUAUUCACAAAUGUUUUUUCUUCAGAAAGGAUUUGUACCUCUUGAGGACAAUGACCUGAAUUCCAUCAGAACAUGGUCAGGUUCACCAGGGAUUAUUAAUAACACCAGAGGUAGAGAAAAUCACCGAUGGAACAAAACGCUGCAGGGAGUCAUCAAGUCUAGACAGCAGUGUCAGCAGAAGGGAUGGGGGCAUAUUGAUUGAUUUCGUGUAAUUUAGCCCGGCUCCUCCUGGUCAAGGUUGAAUGAGUCUCAGCCUCGCUCCUUGCACUGCACCAAAAAGCCUUAUACUUCACACGCAAUUCUCCGGCCUGAUCUCACCAGGAACUCGUAAACUAUUUACAGUUCUGCAGCUCCUUGAGACAUUUGUAUUUAUGUUUCUCAUGGUAUGUAACAAACUUAAGAACCGAUCAAUCAACGGCUUAACUGACGGGAAGCCACGAACCCAUAAAGACUGUUAAUUGCAGAAGUGAGCAAACAUGCUGAGAUUAAACAUAGACAGUCUGUGUCACUCUUUAAAGCGUAAAUAGUUAACAGUUUUGUCCUGAGAUCAGGCUGAACUCCUCAGCAAUAAUGUUGCAGGCAGGAAUGUCGGAGCAAGAGCCGGAGCUUUCGGAAGUUCAGGCGCCAGGUUCAGGUCCCCGCAUUUUAUUCCCACAGCGGUUGGAGGGAACGUCUAUUAGCAUACACUUUCAACUGAAAACGUCAAACCUGUCUGUAUGUGGAUUAAACAAAUCUGAGAAGAGGUUUAUGCGAUUUCAA